AUGGCUAUAGGGCUGCAAGAGAGAACACUCAGCAUAGAAACAGGCAUUGCCAACUCUAAAUUCGAUGAGGACGGUCGAGUAAAACGAACCGGAACAUGGGUGACUGCAAGUGCACAUAUCAUAACGGCUGUAAUUGGAUCAGGAGUGUUAUCUCUGGCAUGGGCCAUUGCUCAAUUGGGCUGGAUUACUGGGCCUGCCGCUAUCUUCAUCUUCUCUAUCAUCACUUGGUUUACUUCUACUCUUCUUGCUGAUUGUUACAGGUCUCCCACCAGUGGAUCAAGAAAUUACACCUACAUCGAUGUUGUAAAAGCCAAUUUAGGAGGAAUUAAGUACAAAUUUUGUGGGUUAGCUCAAUAUGGGAAUCUUGUUGGAAUAACAGUUGGAUACACAAUUACUGCAUCAGUUAGCAUGGCGGCAGUUAUAAGAUCAGAUUGCUUCCACAAGAAAGGUCACAAUGCAGGAUGUCAUACAUCAAACAAUAAAUAUAUGAUAAGCUUUGCGAUCACAGAGAUCAUAUUAAGCCAAAUUCCAAACUUUCAUGAGCUUUCAUGCCUCUCCAUUAUCGCUGCUGUCAUGUCUUUUGCAUACUCCUUAAUAGGCCUUGCUCUCUCCAUAGCUAAAAUUGCAGGAGGAAAUCAUGCGAGGACAAGCUUAACAGGAGUAAGCAUUGGAGUGGAUGUGACUAGCACAGAGAAAAUCUGGAACUCUUUACAGGCCAUUGGCGACAUUGCCUUUGCCUAUUCUUUUGCUGUUGUCCUCGUUGAGAUACAGGAUACUCUGAAAUCAAGCCCACCAGAGACUCAAGUGAUGAAGAAGGCUAGUUUUGUUGGAGUCUCGGUCACCACUGUGUUCUACAUGCUGUGUGGAACUUUAGGCUAUGCAGCAUUUGGAAACAAUGCACCAGGCAACUUUUUAACAGGAUUUGGAUUUUAUGAACCCUUCUGGCUUGUUGCUAUUGCUAAUGUAUGCAUUGUUGUUCAUCUUGUGGGAGCUUACCAGGUAUUCUGUCAACCAAUAUACAAUACUGUGGAGAAAUGGUGCUGCCAGCGAUGGCCUGAAAGUGAAUUCAUAACAAAAGGAUAUUCUGUUACAAUUCCCUUGUGUGGUGUUCACAAUAUAAACAUCUUCCGGUUAGUUUGGAGAACGGUAUAUGUAACAGUAACUGCAGUGAUUGCCAUGAUAUUCCCAUUCUUCAACAGUGUUCUUGGUCUACUCGGAGCUGCUUCAUUCUGGCCAUUGACAGUUUAUUUCCCAAUAGAGAUGUACAUUUCACGGGAAACGAUUGGUCACUUUUCUUUCACCUGGUUAUGGCUAAAGCUUUUGACCUUGGUCUGUUUGAUCAUAUCACUUCUUGCUGCUGCUGCAUCCAUUCAAGGCCUCAUUAAGGAUCUCCAUUCCUUCAAACCCUUCAGUUCAGUUUCCUAGUUCUCCAUUGUUUCUUUGUUAAUGUAUUAUCGAACACACUCAAUUAUUAGUUACUGGAUGAUAGUUAUAGAAGACCUAGAUAUAUAAAGGUGUCUUAUCUUAAUGUUGCUUCUAAGCCAAGUUACU